AUGAGUGGGAAACAGCCAAAGUGGGAAGGAGCACUGGUUGAUUGGCACAAAAAAUGUCUGGGGUCCUAUGUUCCAGACCUGUUUACUUUCAAAUUUUACCUGCUCCAGUUGGACUCAGGAGCAUCUGCUGAGCCAGGUCACUCUCUGGGUCUUACCCUUGACUUUUCUCAUUGCGGAAACUGCCAGACAGUGGUGGUCAGUACCCAGCCUGAGGGGAUGGCUUCAAAUGGAGCUCAUGGCCUGUCCUCUGCACUUUGUGUUACUGUGGAGAUGAAGAAUUUGCUCCUGUUCCAUUUAUACUACCUCAUGAACGGGGGACAGGCCUCUCACCUGUUGCUGAGCACGCUGAGGACCACCAAGCCGCUGAGAGACUCAUCCCUGACCCAUGGCUUGGGAGAUGCCUGUGAGGCUGACAGGGUCUGCCAGGGACACCUAAGGGAGACCCUCGGGCAGCGAAGGCUUGGCUGUUACUUCUUGGGAGACAGGGCACACGGGCCGCCCCUUGUGACUGCAGGGGUUCCUCCAGACGGCCCUCUGGUGCUGUCUGCCUUCCCCAGCACACCUCUGGUGGCAGGACAGGAUGGCCGCGGCCCUAGUGGGGCCGGGGCUUCCAACGUCUUUGUCCAGAUGAGGACAGAGGUGGGGCCUGUGAAGGCCCCUCAGGCACAGACCUUGGUCCUAACUCAGGCCCCCCUCGUCUGGCAGGCUCCAGGCGCCCUUUGCGGAGGUGUCGUGUGUCCACCUCCCCUACUCCUGGCAGCUGCUCCUGUGGUGCCUGUUAUGGCUGCCCAGGUGGUUGGGGGCACCCAGGCCUGUGAGGGAGGCUGGUCCCAGGGCCUUCUUCUUCCACCACAACCACCACCGGCUGCCCAGUUGCCCCCCAUCGUGUCCCAAGGAAAUGCUGGGCCAUGGCCACAAGGGGCUCAUGGAGAGGGCAGCCUGGCUUCCUCCCAGGCCAAGGCCCCACCAGACGACUCCUGUAACCCCAAGAGUGUCUAUGAGAACUUCCAACUCUGGCAGCGCUACAAGCCCCUGGCCCAGAGGCACCUUCCCCUGAGUCCUGACACUGAAGCGCUUUCCUGCUUCCUCAUCCCAGUUCUCCGAUCCCUGGCCCGGCGGAAGCCCACCAUGACCCUGGAGGAGGGACUGUGGCGGGCCAUGCGGGAAUGGCAGCGCACGAGCAACUUUGACCGGAUGAUCUUCUAUGAGAUGGCGGAAAAGUUCCUGGAGUUUGAGGCUGAGGAAGAGAUGCAGAGUCAGAAAUCACAAUGGAUGAAGGGGCCCCAGUGCCUGCCUCCUCCAGCCACACCGAGGCUUGAACCUCAAGGACCCCUGGCCCCUGAGGUGGUCAAGCAGCCAGUGUGCCUUCCCAGCAAGGCCGGCCCCAAGGUCCCGACUGCCCACCUGCCACCACCCAGGCCCCAGAGGCCAGUGGAGACCAAGGCCCGCCUGCCACCACCCAGGACCCAGAGGCCAGUGGAAACCAAGGCCCGCCUGCCACCACCCAGGCCCCAGAGGCCAGUGGAAACCAAGGCCCGCCUGCCACCACCCCAGCCCCACUGGCGAGCAGAGACCAAGGCCCACCUGCCACCACCCAGGCCCCAGAGACCAGCAGAGACCAAGGUCCCUGAUGAGAUUCCCCCAGAAGUGGUGCAGGAGCAUGUGGACAUCAUGGAGGAGCUGCUGGGGCCUCCCCUCGGGGCCACAGGGGAGCCCGAGAAACAAUGGGAAGAGGGUGAAGUAAAGCAGCCACAGGAAGAGGACUGGAUGCCCCCAGACCCGGGCCUCCUGAGCUACAUUGACAAACUGUGUUCCCAGAAAGACUUCGUCACCAAGGUGGAGGCCGUCAUUCACCCCCGAUUCCUGGAAGAAUUGCUUUCCCCAGAUCUGCAGAUGGAUUUCUUGGCCCUAAGCCAGGAGCUGGAGCAGGAGGAAGGACUCACCCUUGCCCAGCUAGUGGAGAAGCGCCUCCUACCCUGGAAGGAGAAACAGCAUGCGAGGGCAGCCCCUGGUCAUGGCAUGGCCCGGUUGGACUCUAGUUCUUCCAAGUUUGCAGCUGGCCAAGGAGCAGAGAGAGACGUCCCUGACCCCCAACAAGGGGUUGGCAUGGAAACCUGCCCACCCCAGAUGGCAGCCUGGGACCCUCAGGGACGAGGCAGAGCACACACUGGCAUGGCCAGGUCCAAAGACUCUGCUGUGCUUUUGGGAUGUCAGGAUCCCCCUGGGCUGAGGGCUGCCCGGCCAACCUCUCCUCCCCAGGACCACAGACCCACCUGCCCCGGCCUGGGUACCAAGGAUGCCUUGGAUCUGCCUGGAGGGUCUCCUGUCAGGGAGUCACAUGGGCUGGCUCAGGGGUCAAGUGAGGAGGAGGAGCUCCCCAGCCUGGCCUUCCUCUUGGGCUCCCAGCACAAGCUGCUGCCCUGGUGGCUUCCCCAGAGCCCUGUCCCUGCCUUGGGCCUUCUCAGCCCAGAAAAGUGUGGACCCCAGGGAGCUCUUCAGUCCCCAUCUGCUAAGAGAAGAGACCUCAGCCUAGCACCAUCUCCUGCCACCAAGUCCAAGAAGCGACCUCUCUUCAGAAGCCCAUCCCCAUGGCCUGGGCUCAGGGUCUCUGGGGAGCAAUCCCUGGCUUGGGGACUGGGUGGCCCCUCACGGUCUCAAAACAGAAAGGGUGACCCCUUGGUCUCCAGGAAGGAGAAUAAGCAGCAUUGUGGCCAGUAGGGGCUUCUGGGCAGGCUCUCUGGGGCCAAUCCCCAAGGGCGGGGCUCUGGCAUCCGAUGCCCCAAAGCAGCCAAAAUCUUCUUCUCCCCCAAUGCUGAUCUUGCUGGGCCUUAGCU